AUGUCCCGAUUUGUUUUUGUUCUUUCUGCUCUUCUUAGCACUUGCAUUGGAUUUGCAUCCGAUUUGGAUGCCUUGGAUUUUGACGAUGCCUGUGGAAAAGACUGCACCUUAUCUUUGCGUCAACUCCGCGGCGUGCCAGGGGAAAGUGACAACACUGCUGACGAGGGCGCAACAGUUGAAGAGGGAAAAAACAGUGCUCAAGAGGGAGAGAUAGUUGGGCCUGCGCUGAAAGAGACACCAGGCAAGUCCGAAUCAGAGGCAACUUUACCCGAAGCACCGGCUGAUCAUGCCACUGCAGAUGCAGAGAUCGUUUCGGAGGCCGAAGAUGUUGCAGAUGCGGAGUCGGAGCAUCCAAAGCCCUCAAUUAGCAAGGUCAAUGAGACAAAGUUGUAG